CCAGAAUGACACAAAGAAUUAUCCUCGUGCUGCUGAGUUUGUUAGCUGCAUCUCUGAGUGCGGCACAAUGGAGUCAAAUUUCUGGUAAACUUAUACACAUCUCAGCCUCACCCAGAUUCAUGUGGGGAGUCAACCGUAACCAUCAAAUCUACUUCUGUGAACAACCUUGCUCCCACAGCAAGUGGACUCUGGUACCCGGAUCGUUGAAGCAGGUCGACGCUGAUGACCAUGAGGUUUGGGGAGUGAAUCGACACGAUGAUAUCUACAAGCGACCGGUAGAUGGGAGCGGAACUUGGGUUCGUGUCAGAGGUAAGCUGAAACAUGUCAGCGCUUCAGGUUACGGCUACAUCUGGGGUGUUAACUCGAAUGACGAAAUCUACAAAUGUCCUAAGCCUUGUAAUGGACAGUGGAGCCAAGUGAGUGGACGUUUGAAGCAGGUAGAUGGUGGUAGAGAUCUGGUCUAUGGGGUCAACAGCGCCAACGCAAUCUAUCGUCGCCCAGUAGACGGAAGCGGUUCCUGGGAAAGGAUUCCGGGAAGCCUAAAGCACGUCACCGGGUCCGGCAGUUGGGAAGUUAUCGGGGUAAACACUAAACAUGAGAUUUACCGUUGCCCUAAGCCUUGCUAUGGUCAAUGGUCCAAAAUGAGUGGACGAUUGAAGCAGUGUGAUGCUAGUGGAUACACCAUUCUAGGGAUCAAUUCUGUAGACAAUAUCUAUCGUUCAAAUUAAGAUGUCCUUAUAAAGUUUGCAAUAUGGUCAUCUCUUUGACCUACCACACUACAAAUGCUUGAGCACUAUAUGUACAUUUUCUAUUGCUUCAUUUUUAUUUUGAAAAAAAAAAUGGUUUUAUUCCAUCAUUUUAAUUUGUCCUUUUAUUAAAUAAUAUAAUACAGAUUUAUAUUGCUAACUUAAGUAAACGGCACUGUAGAAAGGAGUUUUUCAUUGUUUAGUGCUUGAAAAAAGAUGUUUGUAAUAAUGUCUUCUUAAACCCCUGUAGAAUGGUUAACCAUUAUAUAUUUGUAUUUCAUCUACAUUUGUAUAACUAUUUAAAGUGUAUUAAGAUAAUCUGUAGUUAAUAAGCUGACACCUUGGUUCUUUUUUUAACAUAAAUAAAGUCUGUUUUGAUUGA